GCUUCGGAGCUUUGGUCCCCAAAGACGCUCCGCGCAGCGUCCUCCUGCCCACAUCCCCAUGUCUCCGUUUGACCGCUGACUUUCGGCCGCUGGACAUUUUUGCUUGCGCCUUCGGGAGGAGACCGGGGAGGCUCGCCUGGAGGACUUGGCGGGGGUUGCUUCGGGGCGGUGCGCGUUCCUUGGCUCUGCCCGCGGCGGCCACUGCGGGGCAACUCCACGCCUAGAGCGCCACCGAAAGCGGGCGGCGGCGGCCACUGGGGCUCGGAGGGCGGGAGCCCGGGAGUCGUAGGCGGUGCGCUCCCUCGUCCAUGAACUGCAUGAAAGGCCCGCUACGCUUGGAGCACCGAGCAGCCGCGACCAAGCUGUCGGCAGCCUCCUCGUCCUCCUCUUCCUGUCACCAUCCCCAGACGCAGGCUAUGGCUUCAGUCCUGGCUCCCGGGCAGCCCCGCUCCCUGGACUCCUCCAAGCACAGGCUGGAGGUGCACACCAUCUCCGACACCUCCAGCCCCGAGGCCGCAGAGAAAGAGAAGAGCCAGCAGGGGAAGAAUGAAGACGUGGGCGCCGAGGACCCGUCCAAGAAGAAGCGGCAGCGGCGGCAGCGGACUCACUUCACCAGCCAGCAGCUGCAGGAGCUGGAGGCCACGUUCCAGAGGAACCGCUACCCGGACAUGUCCACGCGCGAAGAAAUCGCCGUGUGGACCAACCUCACAGAAGCCCGAGUCCGGGUUUGGUUCAAGAAUCGCAGGGCCAAGUGGAGAAAGCGAGAGAGAAAUCAGCAGGCCGAGCUGUGCAAGAACGGUUUCGGGCCGCAGUUUAACGGGCUCAUGCAGCCCUACGACGACAUGUACCCGGGCUAUUCGUACAACAACUGGGCCGCCAAGGGCCUUACAUCGGCCUCCCUGUCCACCAAGAGCUUCCCCUUCUUCAACUCGAUGAACGUCAACCCCCUGUCGUCACAGAGCAUGUUCUCCCCGCCCAAUUCCAUCUCGUCCAUGAGCAUGUCGUCCAGCAUGGUGCCCUCAGCGGUGACAGGCGUUCCGGGCUCCAGCCUCAACAGCCUGAAUAACUUGAACAACCUGAGCAGCCCGUCGCUGAACUCCGCGGUGCCGACGCCGGCCUGUCCUUACGCGCCGCCGACUCCCCCGUACGUUUAUAGGGACACUUGUAACUCGAGCCUGGCCAGCCUGAGACUGAAAGCAAAGCAGCACUCCAGCUUCGGUUACGCCAGCGUGCAGAACCCGGCGUCCAACCUGAGCGCUUGUCAGUACGCCGUGGACCGGCCUGUGUGA